GACGCGUGUGCCACACAUCCUCUCCACGCAUUCUUGGCGUCUUAUUAUACUUGUCAACGUUUCCCUGCCCACUGAAACGGAUAGAUAGACGUUGAGAAUCAAAUUCCCCCUUAAUUCCCUCGCCCAGAUUUCUCUCCCCGUCUUAUUAGCCUUAAAUCUCUUUGCCCCCACCGUCCUCAAUUACUUCUUUUAGGGUUUUGGGUUGAUCGACUCCGACUCCUUAAUUUGGGUUUUUUUGAAGCUAAUCUGCUACCUCCAGCUGCCGCCGUCAACAUCCGUCGUUGGUGGAACUUGGGAAUCAAGAAAAGAAGCCAGCACUCGCUCUUUAUCCUUUGGGGGGAAAGUUGGAAAAUUCGCUGGUGAAAUCUGGUGCGGAGAACUCGAGUGUGAAAGCUUUUUCCCAAGAGGGGGAAUAUUUAGGGCCCAGGUGGGGUCAUUCACAUUGUAGUAGAAGAGGGUUUUGUAUCUUUUUUCGAAGUUCAAGUUCUUUUAGUGUUUUUGGGAUGGAAGUGAAGAAUCCGGUGAGGUUUACUCUCGGAAAGCAGUCGUCUUUAGCACCGGACCGUGAAAGGGAUGGUUCCGGUGGGUUCGAGGAAGCCAUGGAGGGCAUUGAUCCAGGUGUUCGCUUAAUGUACGCAGCUAAUGAAGGGAAUCUUGAUGGUAUCCAGGAGCUCCUGGAUUCCGGCGUUGAUGUCAAUUUCCGGGAUAUUGAUGACCGGACGGCGCUUCAUAUCGCCUCCUGCCAAGGUUUAACUGACGUGGCUUCGCUCUUGCUCGACAAAGGGGCCGCAGUUGACCCCAAAGACAGAUGGGGAAGCACGCCCCUUGCAGAUGCCAUAUAUUACAAAAACAAUGACGUUAUUAAGCUCUUGGAGAAGCGCGGUGCCAAACCUCUGAUGGCCCCAAUGCACGUCAAUCAUGCUCGUGAAGUCCCGGAGUAUGAGAUCAAUCCUACUGAGCUUGAUCUCACUAAUAGUGUGCAGAUAACUAAGGGAACUUUUCGGUUAGCAUCAUGGCGUGGGAUACAAGUUGCUGUUAAAAUGCUCGGGGAGGAAGUACUCUCGGAUGAGGAUAAAGUAAGGGCAUUCAGAGAUGAGCUCGAUCUGCUUCAGAAGCUAAGACACCCUAAUGUGGUUCAAUUUUUGGGUGCUGUUACUCAAAGUAGCCCGAUGAUGAUUGUGACAGAAUAUUUACCGAAGGGAGAUCUUCGUGAGUACCUUAAGCGAAAAGGUCCACUAAAACCAGCAAAAGCUGUGAGAUUUGCUCUUGAUAUUGCAAGGGGUAUGAAUUAUCUACACGAGACCAGACCAGAACCAAUAAUUCACCGUGACCUUGAGCCUUCAAAUAUAUUGCGGGAUGACUCAGGACAUCUCAAAGUUGCAGACUUUGGUGUUAGCAAGUUGCUAACAGUGAAAGAAAAGAAGCCUCUAACUUGCCAGGAUACUUCUUGUCGUUAUAUGGCCCCAGAGGUUUUCAGAAAUGAAGAAUAUGGUACCAAAGUGGAUGUCUUUUCGUUUGCAUUAAUACUACAAGAGAUGAUUGAAGGCUACCCUCCAUUUUCUAACAAGGAAGAUCCUGAUGUUCUUAAAGCCUAUGCUGGAACUGAGCGUCCUCCUUUUAAGGCUCCACCAAAGUAUUAUGCGCAUGGGAUUAAAGAGUUGAUUGAGGAGUGUUGGCAUGAAAAUCCAGCUAAACGACCAACUUUCAGGCAAAUACUGACAAGACUGGAGUCUAUUUACAAUAGAAUUGGGUACAAGCGGGGUUGGAAGGAUAGACCGUUAAAAUGUUUCCCGAAUUUGGAAGCCUUCUUGAAGAAAGACCAAAGUCUAAGUGGGCGCGAUGGAUCUUCACGCUCAGCCAGCCGUGUGUGAAUAGAAACGUUGUUCUAGGGCUUGCCUUUCACGGUUGCAGACUCCAAUUUUUUCUUGGUGGUCAAAGUUUCCCUCUUUUAUUCUUUUAGAGUAGAGCAUUCUCUGGUUUCCUUUGGUGUAUUUCCUAUUGAUACAUUAUCAGGCAGUAGACACAUUACUUCUAGAGUUCUCUCUUCAUUUUACAUGAUCUAUGGAAUAAGAGUCCUACUGAGUUUGAUAUCUCUUGUUAUCUUUUGCACCCUUACCCUACUCAUGUUUGCUUGGUUGAUAAUACACAUGAGAUGAUUUGAUUACAGAUGUGGGGUUGCUGCUAAUAGCUCUACUUGCAAAAGGUCAGGAAAUGAUGAUGAUGAUCUACCUACAGGGAUUAGCCUGGUGUUCCUGGAUCAGCCUUUCCCUACUGUAUGAAUGUCGAUAUGCCCUUUUCUGUAAUUUGUUUGGUUGGAUUUCAUAUCCUUGAGGGUUAUACAUACAUCAUUUAGGAAAAGAAUGCAUGUGUGAUGUUGGCCCAUGUGAAAAAGAGGAUACAAAAGUUGUCAUUUAUAUAUCUAAAUAAGAGAAAGUGUUCAUGUGGUGGCCUUGAAGCUGCAGGAUGGGAGGAAAAAGAUAGAAACACUAGAGGUAUAACUUUCUAUGGGGAAAGUGACAAUUCAUCAUGUUAUGAAUUUCACAUGAGAGUGACUGACAACCCCACUCGGCACUCACCAUAAUCGUGUUGUAAUUUUUUUGUUGUUUGCCAAUUAUAUUGUGAAGAAUUCAGAUGUGAAUAGAUUUUGCAAUUACUGUGAUGUGGGUUAGAUAUGGCUGUUGUUGAUGAAAAGAAAUGAAGAAUAUGCAGUG